UUAAAUUAAUUUGCAAAACUAAAUAACAAAUUUCAUCUAAAAGUGAAACAAAGAAUCCAAAAUGAGUACCCAUUUGUCAGGAGGCAGAUUAAAUGUGGCUUUCUUACACGAAACUAUGAGAAAGGAAUUGUUGAAUCUUCUACAACUAUGUGAUGGUCCGAAAGUGACUAUCUGGGACGAAUGGCUGGCUGGGCCUGUGGGCUUGGUUGCUCAAUACUCGCUUUUGAAAGAGCAUGAGGUAGUGGACAUGUUUCCACUGCGACCAGGGAGCCUCCCCCUCACUGCAGUGAAACACAUCAUUUUCAUUGCCCGACCAAAGCUAAACUUGAUGGAUUUAGUUGCAGAUUACAUACAAUCGUUAAGAUCUAAACAGAGCACUCCAAUAGAAUUCCAUUUAUUCUUUGUGCCCAGAAGGAGUGAACUUUGUGAGAAGCAUUUAAAGAACCGGAAUGUGUUUACAAAUUUAUCAAUUGAAGAAUUCAAGUGUGAUAUAUUCCCCUUUGAUAGUGAUGUUAUGUCAUUGGAACUACAAAAUGAUUUUAGGGAAAAUUAUCUGGAAGGUGACCCCACUUGUCUUUACAAUGCAGCACAAGCUCUCCGCACCAUACAACAGCUGUAUGGAAUUAUACCAAGAGUUUACGGCAAGGGCUUUGCUGCUAAACAAGUGUGGGAUUUACUAUGUCGCCUGAACAAGGAGGACCAAGGCUUAGGUCAUAAGGGCUCCACCACAACAUGUAUAGACCAGCUGCUGCUACUGGACAGAGCCAUAGACUUCACAAGCAUCAUGACCACACAGCUCACAUAUGAAGGCCUUAUUGACGAGAUCUACGGCAUCAAGAGCUGCACGGCGAUAUUCCCGGGGCACAAGUUCGCGGCGCCCGACGACGCCAGCCCCGACGUCGCCACAGAGAAGAAACGCAUCGUGCUCAACUCCAGCGAGGAGCUGUUUAGUGAGCUGAGGGAUAGCAGCUUCACUAUGGUGGGCGCGGCGCUGUCAAAGAAGGCACGCGUGAUCAAGACGCAGCUGGACGAGCGGCACAAGGACAAGUCGGUGCAGGAGAUCAAGCAGUUCGUGUCGCGCCUCCCCCAGCUGCUGGCGGACAAGGCCUCGCUCGCUCAGCACACCACCAUCGCCGAGUAUAUCAAGGAGACUACAGAUUCUUUUGAAUUUCACGAUACCAUACAAUGUGAAGAAGACUUUUUGAACUGUAUCGAAAACGAGAAAAUUUGCAACUACAUUGAGGACCUGAUCGCACAGAAAGCACCCCUAACUAAGGUGCUGCGUCUCAUCUGCCUGCAGUGUGCGACGGGGUCGGGGCUUCGCCCUCGAACGUGGGAACACUACAGACGAGAACUGACCCAAGUAUACGGCCUGCGCGCCUGGCUAACACUCGCCAACCUCGAGAAAUGCGGCCUGCUGAGAGCUCAGACCGGUGCUAGACAAUACGCUGUGCUAAGAAAGGCCCUUCACCUGACGAUGGACGAGUCCGAGUUAGAUGAAAACGAAAGAUGUUAUUUGUCAAGCAAAUAUGUGCCACUGACAGUGCGGCUGUGUGAACAUAUUUCUAAUAACAAAGGAUGGGCAGGUAUCACAGAUAUGCUGGGUCUGUUACCGGGACCAACGGUAGAGGAACUCCAAACGCUCCAGCCGCGGAUGCCUCGUCGCAAUUCGAUAUCAAGUGAAAACUCCUCCUCCAUAGAAAGCCCAAGAGUCAUCCUAGUUUUCUUCAUCGGCGGCUGCAGUUACCACGAGAUAUCAGCCCUCAGGAAUAUAAGCACGCAGGAAGAUUCUAAUGUGGAGUUUGUUAUUCUAACAACUAAAAUGAUCAAUGGUAACACGUUCUUAGAAACGCUGAUGGAAACCGAAUAAUGUUGUUAUGGUGUCAUCUUCAAUUGAUUUGUAUGUCAGACCAAAAUUAAGUGGGUAAAGGCAGCAUUUUGUUGCAACACACGACUAAAGUACGCCUCGCCGCGUAAUUAUGGUGUCACAAUGUCACAUACAUGCAUGCAACCAAAUUAUGCUGUGGCUCAGACGCAUGCAUAAAGUAUUUUACCAGCUGCAGUUAUUUUUUACUCUCAUAUUUAAUAUAAUAUAUUAUGUUUCAUAUUAAUAACGUAUUCAUACUAAUAUAAGAACUGACUGAAAAAGACAUCCAGAGCAAAAACUGUAAUUUAAGUAAUUAUAAUUUAUUUUAU